UUCCCUGCUCAACACUAACAUGUGGGUGGCAACUGUUGGUUAUUAAACAUUAUGUACAUCACUAAUUACGUAGUUACUGAGGCAAGAAGGAACCUGUAAGUAAACCAGAGGCGUCCUAAAGAUAAUAACCAGCCCAGGGAAGACAAACACUGCUGCUGCAGUGUUCACCUUCAUACAGUUGAGCUACUUGACUUUUGGUAAUAGUAUAAGAAACCCCAAUGGAGAUGGCUUCAGCCGUAACUGAAAAGAAAAAGAAGCGAAUGAGAGGGAAAAAGCCGUGGCAGAAAAGGAAUAUUCUCCAGUCAGAGGUGAAGGAUGGUGUCCGCAUCACUGAGUACAACAGUAUCAGUUUGAGGGAAAUAAAAAAGCCCUCCACUCACAUAUAUCCUGGGAGAAAAGUUAUUGAUCCGAAGUUGUUGCAAAAGUACAGUAAAGGGGAGGGAGUUGAGGUAAAAAGCAUCGGUUAUAAAAACAAGUACUUAGCGCAUAAACUAAAAGAAAAGGAGAAAGCAUUUCAGGAAGCUGAAGCAGCAGCGGCAAGAGCAGAAAUCCUGCUGACAGAAACAAGUGGUCAGUUAUUGGCUGAAGAUGAUUCAUAUACUUCACACAUUACACAAAGAGACAUCAGGGAUGCUGUGGACAUUACUUCAGCUGCUAAAAGUUUUGAUCUCAAUCUUAACCAGUUUGGUCCAUACAAAAUGCGAUUCACUCGAAAUGGACGGCACCUCGUUUUGGGUGGAAGAAAAGGCCAUUUAGCAGCCAUGGAUUGGGUAACAAAAAAACUCCAUUGUGAAAUCAACGUCAUGGAAUCUCUCCAUGAUGUUUGCUGGCUCCACACAGAAACUAUGAUGGCUGCUGCACAGAAGCAGUGGGUGUACAUUUACGACAACCAAGGAAUUGAACUCCAUUGUCUGAAAAGGAUGGACAGAGUUCUAAAACUGGAAUUUCUUCCUUAUCAUUUUCUCCUCUGUGCUGCAAAUGAAACUGGAUAUUUGACCUGGCUUGAUAUUACACUGGGAAAAGAAGUGAUUCGAUUUCCCACACUGAAGGGUCGUCUGGAAAUUGUAUGUCAGAACCCCUACAAUGCAGUGCUGUGCUGUGGUCAUUCAAAUGGGACAGUAUCGAUGUGGACCCCUAACAGCCGUGAGCCUGUAGCCUCCAUAUUGUGUCAUCCUCAUCCCAUAAAAGCUAUUGAUAUUGAUCCCACUGGAAGGUACAUGGCUACAGCAGGACUUGACAGAGUACUGAAGAUUUGGGAUGCACGAAACUUGGGUGAAUGUCUACAAUCUUACAGUGUUGGUUCUGGGGCAUCAUCUGUAAAGUUCUCGCAAAAAGGUUUAUUAGCUCUGGCUAUGGGUAAUGUUGUAGAGGUGUACCGUAAUGUGACGAAUGGAGGAGCUAGUGAACCAUACAUGCGGCACAAAUCAGGCAGCACAAUAAGAGAUAUGCAGUUCUGCCCAUAUGAAGAUAUUCUUGGCAUCUCCACAUACCAUGGAUAUUCAAGUUUAAUUAUUCCAGGUGCUGGUGAACCAAAUUUUGAUGCUUUAGAGGCCAACCCAUACAUAAGUUUGUCAGCGCGAAAAGAAUCUGAAGUAAAGGCUCUUCUCUCCAAGGUUCCUGCUGAGCUGAUCACUCUUGAUCCUCAUAGUAUUAGCCAGGUAUGUAAUAUAUUUUUAAUAUUUGAGGAUCUUGUGGAUAGGGCUUUUGUGUACUUGUACACAAAAGAUUGUUUAAAGGAGUAA